CGGCCUCAAGAAGAAGAAGCGGCUCUCGCAGUCGGACGAGGACGUGAUCCGCCUCAUCGGGCAGCACCUGCACGGCCUCGGCCUCAACCAGACUGUUGAUCUUCUCAUGCAAGAGUCAGGAUGUCGUUUAGAACAUCCUUCUGCUACCAAAUUCCGCAAUCAUGUCAUGGAAGGAGAAUGGGAUAAGGCUGAGAACGACCUGAAUGAACUUAAGGCCUUAGUGCAUUCUCCGCAUGCAAUUGUGAGGAUGAAGUUUUUGCUGCUGCAGCAGAAGUACCUGGAAUACCUGGAGGAUGGCAAGGUCCUGGAGGCACUUCAAGUUCUACGCUGUGAACUGACACCACUGAAAUAUAAUACAGAACGCAUUCAUGUCCUCAGCGGGUAUCUGAUGUGUAGCCAUGCAGAAGACUUGCGUGCAAAAGCAGAGUGGGAAGGGAAGGGAACAGCUUCCAGAUCUAAGCUUUUGGAUAAACUCCAGACAUACCUACCCCCAUCAGUGAUGCUUCCUCCAAGGCGUUUACAGAAUCUGCUGCGUCAGGCUGUGGAGCUGCAACGGGAUCGGUGCCUAUAUCAUAAUACCAAACUAGAUAAUAAUCUAGAUUCUGUCUCGCUGCUUAUAGACCAUGUUUGUAGUAGGGGUCAGAGAUCAGUAUGUGGGGCGCUGUACAUGCUGCAAUGCUUGGGCAUAAUGAGGAAACAGUUCCCAUGCUAUACACAGCAGAUACUCACGGAGCACUGUAAUGAAGUCUGGUUCUGUAAAUUCUCCAAUGAUGGCACUAAACUAGCAACAGGAUCAAAGGACACAACUGUUAUUAUAUGGCAGGUUGAUCCAGAUACUCAUCAGCUAAAACUGCUUAAGACGUUAGAAGGUCACGCGUACGGGGUCUCUUACAUUGCUUGGAGUCCUGAUGACAACUACCUUGUUGCCUGUGGCCCAGAUGAUUGUUCUGAACUUUGGCUCUGGAAUGUACAGACAGGGGAGCUAAGGACAAAGAUGAGCCAGUCUCAUGAAGACAGUUUAACAAGUGUGGCCUGGAAUCCUGAUGGGAAGCGCUUUGUCACAGGAGGUCAGCGUGGACAAUUCUAUCAGUGUGAUUUAGAUGGUAAUCUCCUUGACUCCUGGGAAGGGGUGAGAGUCCAAUGCCUUUGGUGCUUAAGUGAUGGGAAAACUGUCCUAGCAUCGGACACACACCAGCGAAUUCGGGGUUAUAACUUUGAGGAUCUUACAGACAGGAACAUAGUACAAGAAGAUCACCCUAUUAUGUCAUUUACUAUUUCAAAAAAUGGCCGUUUAGCUUUGUUAAAUGUAGCAACUCAGGGAGUUCACUUAUGGGACUUACAAGACAGAGUUUUAGUGAGAAAAUACCAAGGUGUUACGCAAGGAUUCUACACAAUUCACUCGUGUUUUGGAGGUCAUAACGAAGACUUUAUUGCGAGUGGCAGUGAAGAUCACAAAGUCUAUAUUUGGCACAAGCGAAGCGAGCUGCCGAUCGCGGAGCUGACGGGGCACACGCGCACUGUUAACUGUGUGAGCUGGAACCCGCAGAUCCCAUCCAUGAUGGCCAGCGCCUCCGAYGACGGCACGGUUAGAAUAUGGGGACCAGCGCCUUUCGUAGACAACCAGGAUAUUGAAGAGGAAUGCAGUAGCAUGGAUAGUUGAUGGCGAAUUUGGAGCAGACGACUUCAGUUUAACUUAAUUAGUCGUAUUUUAAAUGGCUUGGGAUUUGGUGCAAACAAACAUGAUUGAUAGCUGGACAGACAUGCUCGUCAUGAAAAAGAACCAUUUCUGAAGCCCGGUUGGGGCCAAACAUUUACCACCUUGCUUCAUAGUAACCAGUCGAGAUGAAGCACGUCGUUAGAACGUUGUUGGACACCGUGUUGAAAUUACCCCCCAUCGGUUGUGAAGAACUGUGCUACAUUCAGGCUAACCAUUGAACUCAGUAUAUAUAUUUUUCCCUCCUGCCUUUUUGUCUGGCAGGCUACUGUUCUUGUUGCUCUUCUGUGUAAUGAAGUUUAAAUGCUUGUUUGGAACACUUUAUUUAACAGUUUAGAAGGCUUGAUAGAAAGAGUGCUUUAGUCUGAAGAGUAUACAUUGGAUAGGAAAGUAUUUCCUUCUCUUGUUUCUCAAAUCUCUCUCCGCCUUACUUAGCUUGAGAUCUUUGCAGCUUGGUUCAUGGAUUCUAGCCUUGCCCGUUGCGCAGUAUAUAUAUAUAAAAAUUGAGAUGAUCAACCAAUGAACUAUGUCAAAAGCACUCUCAAUAUCACAUUUGACAAAGUUUUGUACUUUUCACAUAGCUCGUUGCCCUGCAGAGGGGUUAACAGCACAAUUUUUUAAAAAUAAAUUAUUUAUAGGAUUAAAACGACUUCAUUUGUAUACAUUUGGAAUUAAAACAAUGUAAGAAGUGUUGUGAAAUGCAGUAUCACUGAUGCUCAUUCAGAGUGUCCUAAGACCCUUUCAAGAGCAGUGGUUGGAGGGAGCUUUACAUAGGCAGUGAAACCUGUUCUAGAAGGAGAAACUCACUCUUUAUCUUAACAGAAAGCCUGUGUUGAUUAGAAGCAAAAGCCUUCAGAGUGCACCACCAAACCAAGAUUUUAAACAGGACAAGGUGUUUUUGUUUUGUUUUUUAAGAUUACAUAAAUACGAGCAACAAUGCUGGGUAAAGGUAGACUACACCUGGAGGGAAGAGUGAACCUUUUUAGAAUAGUUAACAUCCAAAUCAUAAUUCAGCACUUGUAUUAUGAUGGAAAGCUUAUUAUUUGAUAAACAAAGAUGUAGAAGUUGUCCUUUUAAGAAGAUCCUUUUAAGUUUACAGAUUUGAAUGUCUCUCCUAGCCCUUGCUGAAAGCUGGUGCUGCGAACAUCUUGACUCAUUCAGGAGCAGUUCCACUGAUAUCCCGAGUUUAAAAAAAGACAGGCAUUUAUAACUGAAGUAUUUAUUCUCGUCAGAACGAGCAGAUGGCCGGGCACCCCUGCGCGACGCGCGUCCCUGAGGGGACGGUGUUGGACUCCCUCUUCCCGCGCUGAGGGAAGGCAGCCAUGUUGGUGCUCGUGCUGCUGUGAGGUAAAGCAGGAGCAGGGAGGGGCUGUCGCCCUGAACCACGGCCAGGACGGCACCCACGUGUGUCCCUCGGUGAGGGGACAGCGCCAGCGUCCUGCGUGGAGGCGUGUGGGAGAAGGGGGGAAGGUUUGCCACAGGUCCUGGGAGGAGAGGCGUAGCUGUGUUGAAAGGGAAGGGUGGUGGUCAACACAAGCGGUCCCUUUACUGCUUCCCUAAAAAAGCCAGGUGAAGCCGAACCGGUUAGAUGGUAGAUCCCAGCCAUGGGGUGGGUUGUUUCUGGCUCUGUGGGUGAUCUUAAAUGCGGUUCAGGGUUCCAGUAUUCUUGUGGAGACUGGCUCUGAAUCAGAUGUGCUCUUCUUGGUCUCGCUCAUUAUCUUUAACUUAGUUCACUUAUUUUAAAUAUCUGAAUUUUAAGGUGAAUUUCUUUGAGAGCAGCUACCAUCCCACAGGCCUGGACAUACAGGUGUGCACUUCGAACCAGGAGCACCCUGUAGCUCACUUUAGGGGAAACUUUGAUUCUCCUGGUAGUUGGCAGCGUUUCUCAUGGAGUAAGGUUAGCCUUGGUCCUUUGGCGUUAGUUUUGCAGGGAAACGGGCAUCUUUCCUCAUGUCCCAUUCUAGGAAGCUAACCCUUUGGGCCUGAAAUAAACAUUGACUACCUAAAUUGUAAACGGUAUUUCAUGCAUUCAAAAYAUGGUGCAAUUCAUAAGCAGUGCCAGGGUGUGUGUCUUUGGUAAUUACUCCUCUGUACUCUUGCUCUGGAAUAUGUCUGUAAACAAAAAAUCAUUUAGGGGGAGUAAGUGGUGGAGGAAAACAGUCCAGUCCUUAUUUGGGUUUUUUUGUGGGGGAGGAGAUAGGGAAAGAUGG